CCACGAUGACUCACCUGUUGCUCGUUGCAGCGGCGCUGGCGCUCCUGGGCGCGCCUUCGCCCCCGUCGGCCCUGGCGGCGGCCCCGGCGUUCCCGCGCGAAUCCCGACAGCUGUACACGCGCUCGAUCGCCCGCUCGGUGAUCGACCAGGCGCCGUCGGAGAGCCGCCUCAUCGGCGCCAAGGGCGACCUGCCGCCCCUCAUCAGCCGCCUCGUGGACAACGCCACGGCCAUCCGGGAGGGCAUCGUCGACACCUUCAGCUGCGACGGCAGGUAUUAUGGUUACUACGCCGACCAGGACAACGAGUGUCAGAUCUUCCACAUCUGCGUGCCCAUGAAGCAGCUUUUCCCCGAUUUGUACGACGAUACGGAUAUCCUGCAGUUCUCGUUCAUCUGCCCCAAACACACGAUUUUCACGCAGGACGCCAUGGUGUGCGCGUGGCGCGACUCGGCCUUCCCCUGCAGCGAGGCCCACCGCCUCUACGACCGCAACUCCAUGUUCUUCAUCGUCCCCGCCGAAGACGUGCGUCGCGAGCGCUCCGACGUCGAGCAGGCGACGUCAGCGUCCGAUUCGGCCUCGACAGCCGCAGCGACGACUGUAACGUCAUCCACAACUACCACAACAACGACGACUUCAGCUCCCGUGCGCAGAAGGACGCCAACCACUGAAGCAACCACGACCACGACUCAGACGACGUCAGUUCCCCUGAGGAGAAGGAGGACGUCGACCACCCAAGCGACGACCACGACGACCCCGAGUUCGACGACGCCACGCCCCCUCCGGAGAAGGACGACCUCAACCACCGAGGCGACAACGACGACCGCCACGACGCCACUUUCCGCAAGGAGACGAAGCACCACGACCUCGACGACGCCCGACCCCGAAGCGGCGUCGACGACCGCGGCCGAGGACGCCGAGCCCACCACGCUCCAGUUCUGGUGGCAGAGGAGGUCGUUCCAGCGGCCCUUCUUCGUGGCCUAGAGGGUCGUCCGACGCCCGCGAAGCCAGACACAAGGACGGGCGGAAAAAAUGAAGCCCGUUGCUUUUGCGGGUUUUGGUCCUUGAGCUUGGCUUAGUACCGUCUUCAGAUGCUUUACUGAAUUGAUUAAUGUUUUAAUUAAUUGAUUUUACUUCUUCAGCAUUACUUUGAUGGGCAUUACUUGUUACUAUUAGAUACUUGAUUAGGUCGUAUAAUUAGCAAGGAGAGAGAAUAAAUGUGUAACAAGGAGGAGAAUGGAGAGAUAUAAAGAAUGAGAGAGAGAGAGAGAG